UCAAACAGUGUUGUAUAGUUCAUGUGAAUAGACCUUAAACAUUUGAAACGUAGCUAGCGCUACUGGCUUUUGGUGGCAGCUUCAGGCAACAAACAGUUUUCACGGGGUUGGUCCUGAUACCUCGUCUGCGGACAACCUAAAGUCCCAAAACUCUUUAGAACAAAAUCUGAUUGAAUCAAAUAAAAGAAAUUAUUGCCUUCUAUCAAAAUAUAGGUCAAAACACAAAGAAAGUGUAAAUUAUUUUUACUAAAUUCGCUAUCGUGUUGAAAUCGAAAUUGGUAUUGCAGUUACCAAACUUCAAACUCAUUUCUCUCGAUUAAGUUUGGGUUUUCUGGCCCUGUUGAAAGAAACGCGAGAUACUCGAUCAUAACCCACACCCCUGAUCAUAAUUAAUCGAUUCACUCUAUUAUGACAGAACUUGAAUCGAUUAAACAUUCUUCGGUUAUUUACAAUUACUUCGGAACAUCAGUUAUGUAAAAUAGAGAAUUACAGUUAAAUGCCGCAAAGACCGAAUAAAAAGUGAUUUGUACUUGUAUUGAGUACGAUAGUUUGUCAGUUUACACUUUAUAUCAGUUCGAGAAAGAGCAGCUUCAGCCAUCAUUCGGAACGAUUUUUUUUUAAAAGAUCGCUUUGUACCAUGGCCUCCUGCGCACAAGAAGAAACUUCCAACAGUUUGCAAGCAGCAUCCCCUAUUUCAGCCCACGAUUCCACCCAACCAUACGAAUGCGAGAUUUGUAGCAAACGAUUCAGUCGGAAGAAGAACCUGCAGAAUCACACCAGAAAACAUGACCGGUCCUUCAGUUGCGAUGUCUGCGGUAAGGCAUUCUCUAGGAGUUUCGAUCUGCUGCGUCAUCAGUUCAUCCACACCGAACAGCGAGCUUACAAAUGCACCAUGUGCUGCAGAGAUUUUGACCGGAAAAGCCGAUUCAUCAAACACAUGGCGGUUCAUAAGGGUGAGCGGUCGCACAAAUGCAGCGUGUGUGGCAAAGCUUUUAUUCACCAAACAAGCCUAACCGACCACAUGCUUCUGCACAGGGAUGAGCGGCCGUACAUUUGUAACGUAUGUGGUAAAGGCUUCACCCGCAAACCGAACCUGAGCGUACACAUGUCCGUUCAUAUGAGUGAUCGGCCUUACAAGUGCACCGAGUGUAGCAGAGAUUUUGGCUCAAAUUAUAGACUUAACAUGCACAUGCUCACUCAUACGAAUGAGCGGCCUUACAAAUGCGCUGUAUGUGAUAAAAGUUAUAAUCAUCAAACUAGCCUUACAACACACAUGCUCGUUCAUACAGGCACGACGUUCAACUGCACCGAGUGCGGCAAAAAAUUUCCCUCAAAAUAUAGACUGUCCAAUCACAUGUUCGUUCAUACGAAAGAGUGGCCGUUCAAGUGCACUAUGUGUAGAAAAGGUUAUGCUCAAGAAUUUGAGCUGAACAAACACAUGGUCAUUCAUACGGGUGAUUGGCAAUUCAAGUGCACUACGUGCGGCAAAGGUUUUUCCCGUCAAACGUACCUGACUACACACAUGCUCGUUCAUACGGGUGAGCGGCCACACAAGUGCUCUGUGUGUGGAAAAGAUUAUAUGCAGAAGUAUCGCCUGAUUAGCCACAUGCGCCUUCAUACGAGUAAGCGGUCUUUCGUAUGCACAGUGUGUGAUAAAGGUUUCUACAGUUCCACUGAUCUGACAAGGCACAUGUUGAUUCAUACGCAAGACUGGCCUUACAAAUGCAAUGUGUGUAGCAAAGGUUACACUCACGAAAGUAGGUUGGGCAAACACAUGCUCGUGCACAAAGCUAGUCUAACCGCACAUGUGACAGCUGAGAAGUGUAUGACAAAGGAUGUGAAUCCGAACGUCGAUUGAUGAAGCACAAACUCAGAAACAUGACAUGUGAUUGCAGCAGCUAAGAAUUUGCUACAAGACGAAAAUUAGCAAGUCGUUCACUAGUGGAUUUGAGAAACGUUGCCACUUUUAAACAAAAUUGAAAUGCAGGAAUAGAUGCACGCACUUUCAAAGAGUAGAGUAGUUUCGUAAAGAGUAAACAUUCGCUUCGAACCGCCUGGCAAUCUUCGAUACCCUUAUUUUUCUUGAUUUACAAUGAGUCGGGAGAAUGAUUUUUCCGAUCCAUUUUAUGGUCCAGGAUAUCCGCAGAGGUAAGUAGCUCCAUGAGGGAUUGCAAUACCUGCGUUCAACUUUCAAAGCCGACAGUCCACCGUUUCUGUUCCCGAGAAUCUUCCGAAAGCCCUUGGAAAAUUUUACAAGUAUUUUUUUUUGCUAUAACUUAUUUUAGAAUAGGAGAGUAACUAACUUGUUUGUGAUCCAACCGCCGUCGUCCAGGAGAAGAAAUAGAAAUUCAAGAAAGGAUCGCUGUUGGGCUUUAUUGAAGUUUUUCUCGUCCUUGCACUGGACGGACCACUCCACGCGUUCGUGCGAUGAGGCGCCUGUGAUUAGCGAAACACAUUUCCGGAUCGUACUCAAAUCAAUUCGUUUACUUUGGGCUUGAUGGUACGUUGCCCUUACUCUCUUUAUGAGCUCUCAUGGAUCCUGACCCGAACUGCCUUUUUAAAACGUUCGUUCGCACUGGCUACUGCUGCUAGUGACAGACUUGCUGGACCGACCUUCUUCACCUUCACCGAACCAUCAGUUCCUGCGGCUGAUA